CGAUUCCUUACUUCUAGGUGGACUGGCCCAGUUUUAGCUGAGGAAGUCAAUCCAGGCACAGAAUGUGUUGCUUCAGAAUUGGAGAUGUGGAAAGCUGUGGUGGGUCACAAUGUGUCUGUGAAGGUGGAGUCCGAAGGAGAUGACUGGGAGACGGACCCGGAUUUUGUGAAUGACAUUUCGGAGAAGGAGCAGAGAUGGGGGGCUAAGACUAUUGAAGGCUCUGGCCGUGCAGAGCACAUCAACAUCCACCAGCUAAGAAGCAAGGUGUCUGAGGAACAUGAAGUUCUCAAGAAGAAGGAGCUGGAAACGGCACCCAAAGCUUCAUAUGGUUAUGGGGGCAAGUUUGGAACUGAGAAGGACCGCAUGGACAAGAGCGCCCUGGGCCAUGAGUACGUUGCCGAGGUUGGAAUGCACUCCUCUCAGACGGACGCAGCCAAGGGCUUUGGCGGAAAGUACGGCGUUCAGAAGGACCGAGCAGAUAAGUGUGCAGUUGGCUUUGACUACAAGGGCGAGGUAGAAAUGCAUACCUCCCAGAAAGACCACGCUGUUGGAUUUGGUGGGAAAUACGGUGUGCAGAAGGACCAUCAAGACAAGUCUGCCCUGGGUUGGACCCACAAGGAGGAGGUCAAGCCCCACGAAUCCCAGACAGACUAUGCCGUUGGAUUUGGGGGGAAGUACGGUGUGCAGAAAGACCGUCAAGACAAGUCUGCCCUGGACUGGUCCCAUAAGGAGGAGGUCAAGCCCCACGAAUCCCAGACAGACCACGCUGUUGGAUUUGGGGGGAAGUACGGUGUGCAGAAGGAUCGUCAAGACAAGUCUGCCCUGGGCUGGGCCCACAAGGAGGAGGUCAAGCCCCACGAAUCCCAGACAGACCACGCUGUUGGAUUUGGGGGGAAGUAUGGUGUGCAGAAGGACCGUCAAGACAAGUCUGCCCUGGGCUGGGCCCACAAGGAGGAGGUCAAGCCCCACGAAUCCCAGACAGACUAUUCCCAGGGCUUUGGAGGCCGUUACGGGGUGCAAAAAGACAGAGUGGACAAGAGCGCUGCUGGUUUUGGAGAAAUGGAAACUCCCAUCUCCUCCUAUCAGAAGACCAAGCCUGUAGAGGCUGCUUCUGCUGGGACGGGUAACUUAAGACAACGUUUUGAAAACAUGGCCAAGACAGCAGAGGAGGAGAACAAGAAGAGGGCAGAGGAGGAGCGAGACCGACGCCAGGCCCGGGAGCUUCAGGCGGCCCAAGUGAAGCCGAAGGAAUUGAAGAAAAGCGAAGCGCAGGUUCCGAGCCCUCCAUCGGUGCCUGGACAGGCGCACAGAGGUAGCCUGCCCCCUCUGCCUCCCGAGCACCAGGACGAAGAGGAAAAGGAGCAUCCGCCCGUUCUUCCCCCACGGAGCCUGGACUUGCAAGAGGACAUCAGGGAGCCUCCUCUCCCGCCCUCCGGCCAGCAGCAGCAGCAGCAGCAGCAGCCCACCUAUGUUGAAACCAUAGAGUAUGGGGGUGAUUAUGAGGAGGUGAUUGGAAACGUGGACUACCUGGAACCUCCUCCCUUUGCUGACAAUGAUGAUGAAGGAGGGGAUUAUGAGGAAAUGCCGGACCAUAAGGAAGUUUCCAAUGAUGACAGUGCUGAUGUGGACCAGGACUACGAGGAAAUCCCCAGUGGUCUCCCUAGAGGAGCGGCUUCUCCAGGCGGUGAAGAGCCUGUAUAUGAUGUGAGUGAAGGAAACUUAUCUGCUAUGGCCCUCUAUGACUACCAAGGAGAGGGGGAUGAUGAGAUUUCCUUUGACCCUGGAGAUACCAUCACAUCCAUUGAACGGGUGGACGAGGGCUGGUGGCGUGGAUGCUGCCACGGCAGGGUUGGCCUAUUCCCAGCUAACUAUGUGCAGCUCCUUCAGUGAGGCUUUGCAUAACGAUGCAUGUUCAUUAUCUGCUUCUCCAGUGCCCUCGUCUUACUUGCCGUGUGACCCAACAGGUCUCAACCCCGUCCUGAGGUGGGGGAAGUGGAGAAGACCUGCCUCCUCUUGCAGUGGAACAAUCAGAUGCUUCUCCUUCCUAGAGCAACUUGUAUGUCUCCAGGUCUGCCCUCCUGCCGUUCCAGUCAUGCUGCUGUCUCUGAACUUAUCCAGGACACAACUGGAUUUGUUCAGCCUCUGGCACUGGAUCCCCACAAUCCUCCCCCACUCAAUCUUUCUGCGGCUACUGAUUCCAUCCUGCUAAAUCUCUCAGGGACAAAGGGAAAAAGUGCACUGAAGCUCAGUGGGGUUAGAAAUAUGCAGAGUAGUUGUGUUCAUGCAACAUGUUCCACCCAAAUUGUGUUUUAAGACAACACAGGGGUUUUGUUCACAUAACAAACUUGCCUGAACAAAUCAGUCAGGCUGAGAUGAUGGGCCGGUUCACACCCCACACCAAGCCUAUGGCUGAUCCAUCAACUGGUUUCAUCUGGUGUUACACACUGUGCAAACCCAGCAAGUGGGUCCGAGGGAGGGACGUUCUACUCCUCUGCUUUGGGCACGUGCUGCAAAACAAGCCUCUCGUGCCUCUGAAUGUGGGGUGUCCAGCUACGGAAGCCACGUCUCCCCCUUUCCCCAACUUGGAUGCCACCCCACCCUUGGACCUCAGCCUCCCUAAUUCCUGACCAAUGUGCCUGGUGGGAAACAGAUCUCAUGGGCUCUCAUUCUCAUAGCUUGCACUCCUACCUGUGAAAAAUAGAGGAAGUAUCAUAUUAAGUCUAAAUAAUAAAGGAGCAAAAUUA